AUGGCUGGACCUCCAGUUCAGACCAUCCCGCGGGAUCCUGCUCUCUUCUACUGGAUCCUCUUUCCCAUCACUGUAGUAAUGAUCCUCACCGGCGUACUCCGGCACUACGCAACAAUUCUGCUAGCCACGACUCCAAAAAAGCAAAGUCUCCCUGAGCUCCGUGAACAACGCUCCCUCGCCCGCGGCAUGAAUCUGCGCAACAACUCCUCUGUUAUCUCUCGCGCCGCUUUCAACAUCCGCAAAGACUAUCUCGUGCAAAAUUACAAAGAUGGCACAUUUCUUAAAGAUCCGGAAAACAGGGGAAAGCCACAAGGGAACCCUAUGACUGAUCCCGCAGCCAUGGAGGGUAUGAUGGGAAUGAUGAAGGGAAACAUGGCGAUGAUGAUACCGCAGACGUUGAUAAUGGGGUGGAUCAAUGCCUUUUUUGCGGGCUUUGUUAUCAUGAAACUUCCCUUUCCUCUAACCCUUCGCUUCAAGUCCAUGCUGCAGUCCGGGGUCAUGACACGCGACUUGGACGUCCGAUGGGUAUCGAGUCUAUCGUGGUACUUUCUGAACCUCUUUGGCCUGCAAUCCGUCUUCAUCUUCAUCCUCGGCGAUGACAAUGCCGCCAACCAAAUGGCCCAGCAAAUGGCACAGAUGAAUCCCGGUGCGAACAAUAUGUUUCAGCCGGGUCAGGACCCAGACAAGGCGUUUCUCGCCGAGGUAGAGAACCUCGAGGUCAUAGAGCAUGAGUAUAUACUAGAUGGGGUGGAGGAUAGGAUACUUACAAAUGCAAAAUAG